ACCCUAAUACGCAAUAAUAAUUGUCUUGUGCAUGCGAAUUAAGGCGCAUCGUUUGUAGCGGCUUCUGAAGCUUAACGAAUCAGCAGUUUGUGGCGAUUCGCAGCCUUUGAUGUCGACUAUUUAGCGCUCUCAAGACCGAAUCACUACGAACCGAGUGAACUUGGUUCACGAAUCGAUUUUUAACGAACCAAACCGCUACACACGAUGCGCGAACUGCACAUCGUCUGUAGCGAGUUUAAAGCUAGCCGCAUAUUGAACGUAGGGCAGCAGAGCACAGCACAGCCUAGGGCAGCAGAGGAUUUUGUAACACACGCAAUAAAAUUAAACGCCGCAUAUUGGACGUAGCAGAGGCGAGGCCUGCGCGACAUAGGAACAGAGUACUCUGUCCGGCCUGUGUCGGUUGUGGAGUGUGCACAGUUUUCUCUGCAGAGUGGCAACUGUUGUUGCAAAAAAAUGGAACUCCUAAUUGAACUCGUGCGGGAAAAUAAAGUAUUAUAUGAUACAAGUCACAAAGACUAUAUGCGUACAAAUAUUGUUUAAUUUGAACGUCACUUAAAUCACUUAAGAGAUUAAAUUCUCCAUGCGUUCUUCUUUUUUUUAAAUGAGUACUUUCACCUAAACACUUUUUUCGCCGUUUUAAAUAGAAACACAACAGAAUAUUCUCGAUUUCCGAAUCCGAUUCUGAAUCUAAACAAAGUUCGUCUUCCGUAGACAUAUUUAAUUCCAAUAACUAAUAGGUACCGUCAAUUUAAUUAUGCUCUUUAUAUGACAAUAUAGGUAAAUAUAUACAUAACAAAAAAAGACAAAUAGGUACAAAUAGAUACAAAGGUCCUACGUUCAAUAUGCGCUCGUCGCAGAGGCAGAGCAGAGGAAUAGUUUUCCUCUGCUAUGGCUGUUAUGAAUAACACUUGAGUUGAAACUCCAAGUAUGUACUCAUGAGCAUGAGCAUGAAGUGCUGGUUUGUUCUCCGUUUUAUAUGAAUAAAAAUAAUUCGCUGAGAGGAGUAUGUGCUCCGAAUACAUAAAGUAGAUACUCGAUAUUUUCAAACAAGUCUGCACCUGAAAAAACACCAAAUAAACAAGUGCCGCGUUUCGCAUAUUCGUGUAUUAGUAUAAAUUCAAGUAUCAGUGUGCAAUGAGUGAAAGUGAAGAAGAAACUGAAGUCUGCGAAUCCCAAAUGGGAUUUGUAAACAUGCUACGUGAUGUUCCCAUACUUUUAUCCAAGUCAUAAACACCAGCUGUCCGAAAGUCAAAAAGCCAAGCAAUAGAACUGAGUAACAAACAGUGGAAGCUGAAUUUCAGGUCACAAAUAACGACAAGUCAAAUGUACAAAAAAAUUAAUAAUAUGAAAUCCAGACUCAAGAAAAAGACUGACAUAAACAGGACUGGAAAUAAGAAAAUUGUGCUGCAGGAUUGGGAAAAGAUUUUGUUGGAAAUCAUGGAAGGCAACACAAAUCCAGUACUUGCAAAAGUUCCAGGUAAAUUAAUUAAUAACUUCUUCAUAAGUAACUUUAUUUAAAUUACCAUAUAUAUUAGUGAACCUAUCUAAAGUUUGCUAUUAUUUAUUAUUUUGUGAAAAUUGAAUGAUUUAUAAAGUUAUGUUGUUUAUAAUAAUUAAUUACUUAUUGUUUAACAUUUGAUCAAGUAUUUUAGACAGACAUUUUUGUAGCUUAGAAACAAAAAAAAGUUACAAUAUUAUUUACGAAACUUUAUCACUUGUCCAUUUUUUAAUAUAGAAACUGUAUGAAUAUUUACUUAAUUUUUUAUUUUAGGAGCAUUAUCCGUCGGCAUACAACAAACAGAGACGAAAAUCGGCCAUGAAGAUACAAUCCCUAGGCAAUCAACUUCUGCUUCUGAAACGAGUGCAGCAAAUGAUGAUGCUAUUAGUACAGUACAACAUGCACCUAAAAAAAAGAAACAUAAUAAAGGUAGUCCUCUCGAAGAAUAUGAAACAAACGUUACUAAACAACUCUCGAAUAACGAACUACAAAGACUAGUUUUACUGAAACAACUGAGAGUUUUAGAAAUGAAAGAGGAAAAACUCAAGAGACAGCUAAACAGAGAUGUUAAUGAACAAUCUAAUUCAAGCAAUAAUAAUAUCAUUCAAGCUGACAAUGGACAAGCAUAUUUCAAAUUAUAAUGUGUCAAUACUUUUUAGAAUCACUUACGAAAUAAAGAAUUCUAACAUGUGACAAAAACAUUUUUCUAAAGUGUUAAUAAUAAAAAUGAUAAAUAAGUUCUUUCCACGCUUUACUUACUUCAAGCGAGAGCAAGAAUGACAUCUGCUAACUCAGAUCGCCUCCUUUGCCCGCUUCUUCUAAUAUUAUUAUUAUCCAACUCCUUUUCUGCCGGAUACGCAAGUGGGAUAUCUUCUAAUGGAAGCUCCAUAGGAUCUAGCUCAUCUUUUAAAUAUUUUGCUACAUUGUGUAAUAUACAACAGCAUAUGACAAAUUUUGGAACUUUUUCUAUGGAUACCCGCACUUUAUAUUGUAGCAUCGGAAAUCGUUGUUUUAGUUGACCAAAACAUCUUUCAAUUAUUACACGUUCCUUUGUAAAUAAAUUAUUAUAAGCACGUUCUUGUGGUGUAUUAGGAUUUCUAAAAGGUACCAUUAGCCACGGUGCUAUACCAUAUCCUUCAUCUCCUAAGAGUAGUGCUUGCGACCUAUGAAAAUCAUUCCUCGCAAUAUUUGAAAUUUCUGAAUUGCUCCAAAUCCGUGAAUCGUGAACAGAUCCUGCCCAUAAAGCGUCUACACUUGUAAACCACUCAUCUGAAUUACAUGUAGCUUGGACAUUAAUGCUGUGAUAUCCUUUGCGAUUAAUGUAUUCAUCGCUAUGAAUAGGUGGCUUUUUUAUUUUUAUGUGGGUACAGUCUAUCACGCCCAAUGCACAAGGAAAAGAAUAAUUUGAUUGCCACUUUUGUUAUUGCCUCUAUUAUGUCGGCAGCAGUGUGAGGAAAUUUUAUCCACAGACCACAUUUUUCUAUUAGCUUCUCAGUAACUUCCGUCACUACUUUUGAGACAGAACUUUGAUGAACACCAACAUCUUCUCCUACUCCUGAUUGGAAACCCGGAUCACCAACGUAUCUCAAAAAUAUUUUCAUUUUAUCAAUGUUAUUUAUAGCACCACCUCUUCUUUCUCGAGAUUCUGUACCCAAAAAGUGAUUUGAUAUCCACUCUACAUGUUCUCUAGUAAAUCGAUAUAACACUUUAAAAUCACGAUCACAGGUACGCCUUCUAGGUUUGUAAUAUUUUUUAGAACGCAAAUUAAGAAUGAACUCAGCCAUAGUUCUGCCGUAGACAAACUGAAGUCUGCUAUAUAUCAGACUCCAAAAUUGUGGAGUACAUUCUCCUUCCGAGGAGCAUCAACAAAUUUUUAUUCAUAGGAAAACUGAGAAUGAACUCACAGCAAAUUAUACAUAAGAGUACCUACUUAAGUGGAGCAUCUGCUCCCUAUUUUUAUUCAUAUGACAUGGAGUAUUUGCUCCAAAUUCAUGAGUAGAUACUAAAUGCUCAUUUUUAUUCAUACGACCCUAUGUCUCGGCUGUGCUGUGCUCUGCUGCCCUACGUUCAAUAUGCGGUUAGCCUAACAGCUAUUCGAAUGUCAUUAGCGUCAAAGUUGUGCUUGGCGGCAAAUAAAAUUAACACUAAAUUUCUCCCUCUAUACCCCUUUACGAACUAUUUGUUUGGAUAAUUGAAUAUUAUUUUAAUAAUUUUAUUUAUUUAGUGUGUUAUCGUUGCCUAUUUGUAUUUACUAUUUAUGCCACUUUUCAGCUAGGCUUAUCUCAAACUCCAGAUUAGUUGUAUUUUUUUUUAUCUAGUAAGAGCACUAUAAAAACAGGAGAGGAGUGUCCAAAAUAUCAAAUAAAUAGUUUGUUAUUUGCCAUGAAUACUAUUCGUAAAUGGAUAGGAAAAAAAUAUAAUGGGUUUUUCUGUUCCAGGGAAGAAUAUCCAAGUAGUAGUUCAAACAAAAUUAAUAUAGAAGUUCCAUUAACUCAAUCCGAUGAAUAUUAUAAGAUGGACCAUCCAGAGCGAGGCCUGGUUAUUGUGUUCAACCAUGAAAUCUUUGAUAACAAAAAAAGAUUCAAACAGAGAAUGGGAACCAAUGAAGAUGUAGGAAAAAUUAAAAAAACCUUUAGCACUAUGGGUUUUCAAGUUCACAGUUAUAAAGAUUUGACCCUUGCGGAGAUUAGAGACCACAUAAAAAGAUAUUUAGAGCAGGAUCAUUAUCACAAGCAAAGGGAUUGUUUAGUUAUCUUUGUUCUCACACAUGGAGAAGAAGGGGACUUCCUGGCAGCAAGAGAUAAAGUCUAUGAUGCAUCCAAAGAGCUCUGGAGUAAAUUUACUGCUGAAGGUUGUCCUGCUUUUGCUGCCAAACCAAAGUUAUUUUUUCUACAAGCUUGUCGAGGUGAUGCUGUGGACCAUGGAGUUUCCUUACAAACAUCUAAGGAUUGUUUUAAUACUAUAGAUGGUGCUGGUGGUACACACACCGAUGGUUUAUCUUACAGUUAUCCUAAUUUUGCUGAUAUUUUAAUUUGUUGCUCCACAAUUGACGGUCAUACAUCUUAUAGAAGCCCCUCGGGUUCACCCUGGAUCACCAUAUUGUGCGAGGAACUGGAAAAAAAUUGGAAAACGAUGGAAAUUCAACAGAUUUUAACUUGCGUGAACCGGCGAUUGGCCGUUGAAUUUUCUUCACGACAUCAUGAUUCUAGUAAAACUAAUAAAAAACAGACUCCAUACAUAAGAAGUACCUUGACAAGAAGUUUAAUAUUUGGUAGAAGUAGUUGAUAAGGAAUUUUAGGAUAAUAAUUAUGAAGCUCAAUUUAAUUUUGUUAGUAAUAAAUAUUUGACUUUUGAGAAUUUCUAACAUUCCAGGCAUACUUUUUUAAAUAUUUUAAUUUGGAUAAAAUUGGCUCUAACUUGGCAUCUUUUUGAAGUAGAACAAUUAUGUUUUUAUCCUCAAUUCUAGAUAGAUAUAUCUAGAUAUAUCCUAUUCCAACUGGUUCCCAUGCUAUGCUCAGAAAUGUUUGGUUAUUAAUUAAAAAUCUUAUAGGUGCCAUAUGGAUUGAAAAAUUUGUCAUCUCUAGGAACUUGAACUAUGCAUAAAGUUGCCUCUAACUCAGAAAGUUUCUGGGAAACAAACAUCUUCUUGUAUGAGACCAUUGGUUUAAACAUGUUCUUUCUUUUCCUAACAUUAGUCUAAGAAUUAUCUGAUAAUUUUGUGCAAUUCAAAUUUAUUUAUUGCUCUUUAGGUUACAUAAAGUAAGAUAGAUUUAAGAUUAAGUUGAAAAGUUUAACAUUAAAAUAGUUAGAGCUAAGUAAAAUAAAGAUAAAAAGUAAAAGACACCCCCACUUAACAUUAAGUACACCAACAGACACAGACUUAUCAAACUAGAUAUUUAUUUUAAAAAAACAUAUUAUGAAAGAACCGAUUAAGGUUAUCUGAUGAGUUAUGUAUUUACCCACUGAAUAAAACUUUUUUGAUAUUGGGUUGAACCUGUACCCCUUUAUGUUCUUCAUUUCAUCGGGUAAUGCAUUGUAUAUUUUGACACACAUAUAAUAGGGACUCAUUUAAUACAUGGUUGUCUUAUGUCGAGUCACUGCAAAAUCGAAUCUAUAUCUUGUCUUAUUAAUGUUAAUAUUUACAUCACAUUUUUUUGAAAGAGUUGUUCAUGUUUUGAGGCAAACCAGCAUACUUUGUACAAGUAAAGAGAGUAUAUAGUCAUAAUUCCUAAUUUUUUAAACAAAGGAGCACAAUGCCCUCGAAAAGCGGAUCCACACAUUGUUCGUACAAUUCUUUUUUGAAUAACAAUAUUCUUUUUAUUGACCCCGCAUGAGAUCCCCAAAACAUUAUUCCAGUUGUAAAUAGCGAAGUUUGCCGACGUUAUCUGUUUAGAUAUUUCAUUACCAUGGGUUUGCCAAUCUAAAUUUGUGUGUAAAGUUAGACCCAAAAACUUAGUUUCGUCCGAUUCAUAUACAUUAUCAAUUAUUUUCAAAGUCUAUUUUUUGUUUUGAAAAUGAAUGAAUUUUGUGUUGCUUGAAUUAAGGACUAACUGAUUUUGCUCACACCACAUAAUAAACUGAAUUAUUGAUUCCCUACUAAGAAUGUUAUUUAAGUUGUUUUAUUAACAGAGCAUUGGUUGAAGCAGGAUGAGCUGAUUUAAGUGUCCCAUUACGUGGUUAUAUCUAAAUUUUGUAGAUCUCAAUCUGUACACGGGGGUUGUAUGAUAUUGAUGGAUGAAGUCUUCUUAAAAUAGAGCUCCUUUCAACCAAUAACGAAAUUUAAUUACUUAUUACUAGAACGGGUCUUUGAAUUCACCAUUAUUUUUUUUAGAUCUCGAAAUGUAUAUAUAGUAUGCAUCUAUCGGUCGCCUUCCUCUGACAUUGAGGUAUUCGUAAAAAAUCAAAAUGGAUUAGAUUCUGUCUGGUAUUUCGUGCUCUGUAAACAUAAUUGUAGCGGGGGAUCUUAAUGUAAAUUUUGAUGAUAGGAGCUCUGCAUGCACAACUCGCUUGAGUAAUCUGCUUGAGUGUUAUGGCUUGCAAAUGCAUGUUAAAUCGCCGAACCAUAUUGCUCGAUUCUCUUCGAGUACUAUUGACUAUAUGUGCUCUAACUGUUCUGAGAUCACUAUAUGUACCGUUGAAAAUGCUGCACUGUCCGACCACGAAGCAAUUUUUUUUAACGUUUUAGAACCUAAACAGCAAGCAAAAUCUCUACGACAUUUUGCAUUUGCGCACAAAUUACAAACAAUUUAGGCGCCUCUUCUAACUGGGACGCAAUUCUUGAAUCAGAUAACCCUAUAUCUGCCUUACACAAUAGGAUUGUUGACUUGUUUAAUGCAGCUUUUCCUAUCAAAAAGAUAAAACGCAAAAAAACUGUCUAAAAAAAAGUGGUUUACUAAGGGUCUAACUAUUUCUUCAAAAAAUCUCCGUUCGCUCCAUACCAUCAGGAAAUAUACGUCAUCUCUUUAUUUCAAUGAGUAUUUUGCUAAAUACCGCUCCAUCUUUCGUCGCUUAAUAAGACUCUUCAAAGAACAAUAUUAUUCCAACAGGCUGAUCAAGUCCCAAAAUUCGCAGAAGGAAUGUUGGAAUAUUAUAAACGACAUACGCAAUAAAAACUCUCAUUGUCCUACUUCCGUUCCCAAUGUUUCUCCAAACGCGCUUAACAACUUUUAUUGCAGUAUAGCAGAUAAUCUCCAACAACAUUUGACUCCUUUUUGUUUUUUUCCAACUGAUCUGACAGAAUUAAAAGGUGUCUUAAAAUCGAUAAAAAACAAAAACAGUUCAGGUGAGUGCAAACAUUCCUGAUUCAGCCUUAACGGUCCUGGUAAAAGCAAUUAACAGUCAUGGGAAACAGGAACAUUUCCCCCUUGUCUAAAAACAGCCAAAGUCAUUCCAGUCCACAAAGAAGGAGACAUGGAGAAUCCUUCUAAUUUCCGGCCAAUAUCACUUCUAUCCACCAUGUCAAAAAUCAUAGAAAAACUGGUGAUAACUCGUAUGCUGUCUUUUAUUAAUGCAAAUAACCUCUCCUAAUCCUUAGUAAGUGUCAGUUCGGUUUUCGCAAGAAUACCAAUACAAAUUAUACUGUAUACCAUCUUCUUCAGGACUUGUACUCUCAUAUCAAUGGCGGCUGUUUUUUGUGAUCUGUCAAAAGCUUUUGACUGUGUUAGUCAUGACAUUCUGCUGCGGAAGCUCCACCGCUAUAUUUUUAGAGGCUUUCCUCUAUCAUGGUUUUCUUCAUUCCUGCGAGGUCGACGGCAACGGGUUUUGGUUGGGUCAAAAUACUCAGAAUAUAGCUUUAUUAGAUGGGGAGUGGCUCAGUCUUAGGCCCAGUUCUAUUUUUACUUUACAUUAAUGAUCUGGUUGGUCUCUCUAUUCGCGGUGUCUUCACUAUAUUUGCAGAUGAUACCACAAUAUUGUGGCAGGCUCUGGACUCAGAUUCUCUCCAUAAGAUCAUCCUAGAGGAUCUUAAGAUGGUAAAAAGGUGGUGUGACUCUAAUUUACUUACAUUAAAUCCAACAAAAACUAAAUUGCUAUAUUUUAAAUGUAAUCUUAAAGAUGUUUCGAUAGAUGGUGAUCCAAUUCAGAUUAACCCUGACAGCAAAUGUCUUGGAAUUUUCAUAGACAAAGAUCUCAAAUUUGACACACAUAUAAAUCUUCUUUCCAAAAAGGUAACAUCUGGAUCUGGUUGUUAUGCUGUCAGGAUCAGUGUACAGGAACUUGUUCCAAAAAUUGGCAAGUCCGUUUAUUGUUCCCUCUUUGAAUCCCACCUUCGUUACGGUAUCGCUUUCUGGGGCAGUGCAAGCAGUUACAUUAUUCAAAUGUUGUUUGUUAUUCAAAAACGGGCCAUUCGAUACAUAUGUGGGGCUAACCCCCGGGAUUCAUGCCGUCCUCUAUUUUACCAAAAUAAAAUACUAACUCUCCCAUGUCUGUAUAUUCUUGAGACUGCUUGCAUAAUCUACAAGUACAGAGAAAAGUUCAUGGUCAGGGGCGCGUUCACAAUGGAUGUCGGGCGUUCUCUGGACGCACUCGGCAGCCUGGGUAAAGCGUUUAUGGUAAUAUUUAAACUCGUUCACAUUUGAGGGUAAAUUUCGUCGGAGGAAGGCGGACAGAGCAACUUUUUAACCCCGUCUUCUACAUAGUUAAAAGUUGUCCGACUGGCCCGCGCAGACGUAAAUAUAGGUUUUAUUUGAAUAUUUAGAAAUGUCAUAACCCCAGAAAAUUGUUUUGAAAAAAAAAAUGAAUACAAAUAAAUAAAGAAAAAUUUGAAAAAAUUAAUUUGAGUAAAAAUAAUGUCUGUAAUUUCAAGUCACACCCACAAUCUAGUCGUGGAUGAAAAUCAGGAUCCCAUUAUAAGUGAAGAUGGUCAAUUAGUUUUAACUUGCAGAAUUUCAGGUAGGUUCUAUAAUACAUAAUAUUCAAUGCUACAAUUUUAUGCUGAAACUACAUGUAAUACCUACCUAUAUUAUUUAAUAAUCUAUUCCUUCUUAUGUUUUUUAUAGCUAUAACUAUUAUACUUAAUCCUAAUUGAAGUAUGUAAAUAAUUCCAAACUACAACAGCAGUCACUUAACUUAUCUUUUUCUCUCGCUAUUUUUUUAUAUCCUGCAUAUUUUUUAGACAAAUCUCUCCUGUAUUUUCCAAAAAAUCUGGUCAAACCAUUCCAAACAAUCACAUGAAGAGGACUUGGGUAUGCUUUAUCCCCUCGGCUGAAUUCGUUUUCUCCAAAGUAAAGUUCUGGAUUUAAAGUUACAUUUUUGAAAAAGUCAGAAUUCUUGAAAAUCCUUAGGUCACCAACGGAGCUUGGAUAACCAACAAACACAUCUCGAAACUUUCGUUUAUGGUCACAAAUAGCUUGCAAAGUAAUUGCAUGGAAACAUUUCCUGUUGAUGUAAACCUCAGGAUUUUCUUGUGGUGCCUUUAUAGGUACAUAAGUCCUAUCUACGCUCCAACCACUCCAGGAAUUUGACCCCACUUGAAAAAGUCAUUUUUAAUUUCUCUUCGCUCUUCAGUUGAUGGCCAUUUAAUUAUCUCUGGACCCAGCUCAACAAGACAACCCAUAUCAAGGCAUAUCAAAUCUACCUCCAACAGAUCUGAAACAAAAGAAAAUUCUGUUAUCCUAAAUGUUGAGAGGUUUAUUGUUAAUAAGACCUAGAACUGGCAUUAUAAUGUCCCAUUGACCACAUGUUAAUUGAGUUUGAACUACCCAUUAACCUAUAUGUUUUUAAUAUGUUUAACUGCUAAUAGUUGACCUCGAGUUGAAACUCAACCUGUUGUUCACCAGACAUUAUUAUACUGGCCCUAAUAUAAAGAAUUUUCUACUUACCGAUAACUAUUGGGUGUACUCAUAAUCCAAAUUGAAGCUAAAAUUUGCUUUUGAGGCGAUACUCUUUCUGGACCAUAUGAAAAGUUUUUCAAUUUAUUCUCCAGCUUGUUCUGAAGCCAACUGAAUGCUUCUCUGGUUAUGCGGAAGUUUUCCUGGAACUCUUGGUCUGUAAAAUUUGGGACAGUCACAGAUAUAAAAUUAUCUGUACGUUCUAUGACCCUUUUCUCAGUACUUUUAUUAAUGUUAGAGAUAAAAGCAGCAGUCUGGGAAAUUGCAUAGGCAACAUCUUCAUCAGUUGAUGAAUCACUACUAUCUGCUUCAAUAUUGUUUUGAAAAAAAUUUAUAGCAUUGGGAUUCAUUUUAGUCGACAAUCACACACGACUCUUGCACAAGAAAAAUAUACACACAUUUAAAAAAAUAAACAAACAGUUAUAAGAUUGCACUGCGCAUGACCAUAUCGUUCAUAGAGGUGAAACAGAAAUUGUCGGGGCGAAAUUUGUGUGGGCGUGACAUGUCAAAUUUAACCGGGUGAACUUUUAACCCAUGGGUAGUAGUGAUGUUAACUUUCGUUACUUUUAGGUACUUGUAACGAUUCGUUACUUUCGAUACAAGUAUUCGUUACUUUGUAUUAGUGAUUUCGUUACUUUCGUUAUUUUUGAUAUUAUGAGUAUAUUGAUUAAAAUUCAUUUAAAUUUAUUGCUGUUUUAGAUACAUUUAUUGCUGUGAAACUUAUGUACGACGUAUGUUCAUGAUAUUGGACAAUCAAUCAGUUAUAGAAAUUUUUUUUGCACUUUUAAAUCUCCUAAUUUUUUCGAAUAUGCAGUGUUAUAUUAUGAUUGUUUAGGUAUCAAUUUGUCCUGCUUUUGAGAAGAGUCUUUCACAGGGAACUGAAGUUCCAACAACAGAAAUAUGUUUUUGAGCCAAAACUGAUAACUGGGGGUAUGUUAAACGACGAGUUCGCCACCAAUGUAAGGGAUUUUCUUUUCUACCGAUAUUCGGUUCUGAUAAAAAGUUCUAAUUUCUGUGAAAGCUGCAGCUGUAGGACUUAUACUACUUUCAGUAGACCUGAUAGUUUCAUCAAAGUCCUCCCAAAUUAAAUCUGCACUUAGAUUCUGUUUGGUUGAGCUUCUAUUGCGGUUUCUUCAGAUUCAUUAAUUACAGUAGUAACAGUUUCAGCCUGUAUUUUAUUAAUUUGUCUUACAACAUCUUCUUGAAUCUUUUAUUUUACUUUUUGUAGAGCUAUAUCAAAAUUAAAAGCUUUUGCUUUAAAUCUAGGAUUAAUAAAUGUAGAUUUCGCCAAAGUAAUAUUAAUUUCUAUAUUUCUAAAUCUAAAUUCAAUGGAAGUUGAUAACUGAUUGAUUAAUUGUUUUCCUGUAUCUGUAAUAAUUGUGUUAGAAUUUAAUUUAUGCAAUGCUUUUUUUAAACCUCCUACAAUUAAAAAGACCUUUGAGAGUGUAACUGAUUUAUCCGCACACAUUUCAACACUAACUUCCUCAAACGGUUUUAAAAUCUUACAUACUUCAUCUAACAAUGUCCAUUCUUUCGCAUUUGGUAAUUCUAUCGGAUUCUGUAACACUCCGACAGCCGCUCUUAAGGGUUCACUUAAUUGUAGGAAACGUUCAAACAUGUAGUAUGUAGAAUUCCAUCUAGUUACAACAUCGUUUAUUAAUUUUAAAGAGAUAAAUUUUGGAUCAUAGUUCAUUUGCUUUUGUGUAGAUAAUAGUUUUUGGUUUGCCUGAGAACUUCUAUGAAAAUAUUGAACCGCUGUUUUGAUUUUUUUUUUGGAUAUUUUGAAGGCAACUAUUUAUACCUUCUUUUACUAUUAAAUUUAUUGUGUGUGCAAAACAGGGAAUAUGAGCCCAGCCACCUAGUUUAACAGCAUUAAGCACAUUAGCUGCGUUAUCAGUGGUAACUGCAUAUACCUUAUCUAAUAUUCCCCAUUCAGCUGCUACACGUUUUAAUUCAAUGCACACAUUUUCAGAAGUGUACCUUUCAUUAUAGCUAAAACAUGUUAAAAUGCAAGAAUGUAAUUCCCAGUUAUCAGUUAUAAAAUGCGCUGUUACUCCUAAAAAACCCUCUACAUUAAGCGAUGUCCACCCAUCUGUAGUAAGGGUAACAAAAUCUGUCCUUUUCAAAAGAUUUUUUAAAAUGAUAACUUUUUCAUCAUACUUUGCAACCAAAAGAGAUUUUGUAAAUGUUGCCCUACUUGGUAAAUUAUACGAUGGCUCUAUUGCUUUUAGUAAUUUUCUAACUUUUGUUAAAAAUUAACUAAUUUUUGAACUAUAGAGAAAGGUUGCAAAUCCUCAGUUAUCAUGUUUAAAAUUAAGUCGUUGAUUAAUUUUGUACGCGGUAGUGAGAUAGGUCGUGAAACAAAUUUUGUUAAACUUGCCUGUUGAGGUGUUUUUUUCUUAUCAUUAGGUUUUUUAAUUGACGAUGACGACUCUUGGUUGAUUGCAUUAGAUGUGGACGGGAUUUCUGGGUCAGGUUGAGUAUGGCCUUCAGUUGAAUUAGAGGAUUCAAUAUUUGAUGGCGUCAGCGGCUGAACUGAUAAACUCGAAUGAUCUAAUUUUUAAAAACAAUAAAUUAUAAUCUAUGCGAACUACAAAUUAAAAUGUUCAACACUUCACGACUUUAGAAAAGUAUAAAAAUGGCCGUUUGUUUCUUAAAAUAUACAAGAGAACAAAAAAAAAUCAGAAGCUUUGGGUUAAAAAAUAUGUUUUUUAAAUGAAACAAAAAAUUAGCCUAUAAACUUUGUAAUAUCUAACUAAAAAGCCUAAAUGUUUGUGUGUAUUAAACUUUUCCAGCCACCCUGCCCUGUAUAUUUAAAUAUUUAUUUCCAAAAAAUCAACAAUCAACUGUUUUCAAAAUUAUGUAUAGAUUGUGUCAUAUACAAAAAGUUACAAAAUACCAUUUUCAAACUCUAACUUGUUUUUUUUUGCUGGCGGCUCAUCAAUGUCAUCAUUCUCGUCACUCCUCUCAUUUAACACUGUAAAGUGUUUUGUCUGCAAGUGUUUUUUUAGAUUGGACGUGUUGCUGCCUUUAAAAGAAUAUACUGUCUUGCACAAAUUGCAUUUAGCUUUUCCUUCGGAAAUGACUGUGUAAUGCAACCAAGUAGCACUACGUUUUUGUAUUUUCCCUUUUUUUUCCAUUUCAAAAAAUACGCUAUUACGUUUCACAGCAAAAUAAACAACAUGAUAUUCUUUCUCUUUAGAACGGGGAACGGGAAAUCCCAGAUACUAUAGCCUCCGGCUAAUCAUAGCCCAUAUACGAAGUAGGUGAAUCCCAGCCAACAGCAAAAAAAGAACCUUAGACAUCACCGGCAAUCUGCAUGGCAUUAUAAUUAUAUUCUCUUUGGACUGGACCCCGCGUGGCAACCCGCAACGCGCAACGCAACCCGUUAUAUAGACUCCCGUUAUCCCGUCGUAGUCGGUCGUGGUUCAUAAAAUUUUUUAGACUCUCUCGCAUCUCGCUGUUCGGUUCGCAUAAAUUUGGCUUUUCGUGAUUCGUUGUUUGUGGUUAAAGUAGAAAAAAUCAGUCAGAAACGAAAGUAACGAAAUAACGAAUAAAAAUUAGCUUUUGUAUUCGUUACUAUAAGUACAUCUUAAGUAACGAAUACUUUGUAACGAAUACUUAAAUUUUUGACAUCACUAAUGGGUAGCGACUGUGACCGCGCCCCAGGAGUGCUCGGUAGAGUUUGUCUAGCUAAGGAAAGGUACACCUUCUGUUUCAACGCUGCGCCAAGUUUUGUCCCCUAAUAACGCGCGAUUAGCGACAGUAGCGCGCCCCUUUUUUUAAUUUAAUUUAAAGGCACAGAACACAAAUAUAAGAAUUGACGCAACGGCACUGUUUAUAUGCAAAUCGAGGCGAUCGAUACCGUUGCUUUGGCAGCGGCGUAAACAAAUUUACUGCGCAACCGAGCCGAACAACACGUGCUGUACCUUUCCUUAGCUAGACAAAGUCUACCCAAGCAGGAAUCAGAUGAUUUUGCACCUUCCUCGACCUACUUCAGCUUUUACAAAAAAAUCAAUUUUUUACGACAGUAUUUCUAUUUUUAAUCGAGAUUGCUUGCUGCUAAGACUUAUUACUCUGUCGAAGAAUUUUUUAAUGAUAUACUUUAAGUGACUGAUUAUAUAUUUAAGAUUAAUGGUUAUGUUUUUGUAUGUAUGUUCGUAUUUUAUAUUUGUGUCUUAAAUAUUUGUUUUUUAAUUUUAAUUUUUAUACUUGUAGUUUGUAAGUUUAAAUUUUUCUAGCUUUGUUAAAAACAUUUUAAUGUUAUAACAAUAAAGCAAUAUUUGACUUUGACUAUUUCAAAUUUUAAAGAAAUAAAUUUAUUUAGAUACUUUAAUAAAAGUUAAAACUUCUAACAAAAUUUCUUUUAUUUUUUUUAAUGAUACAACAGUAAAAGAAAUUAAAUUUUAAUAGAUUUUUCUUAUUUGGCCACAAGAGCUUUUUAACUGUUAUAUACUUACUAUCUAUAUAGAAAAAUUAGGUACUAAAAAUUUUAAGUUGGGAAAAUCAUGGUUUAAAGUUGAGACUUUUUAUUAGUAAUUCCCCCUCCCCCCAAAAACUAGUCUCUAGGGACGUCCCUGAUACUACUAGGUUUAAAAGUUAUUUUUAUAAAUAUAUUUAUAUGCUAGUUUUA